CAAAUUUUCUGGUUAAUGUUAGUCUUGUGCAUUCAACGAUUCCAUCUAUAAUUUCCAAAUAUUGAAUUGAUUUUAUUUAAAGAUUCUCAAGUUUUUAGUAAUUUUUUUAAGAUUGUUCGAUAAAGCCUGAAAAUUCUCAAAAGUCAACGAAAAAGGUAAUUCACUUUUGCUAAAGUAAAAGGUAUUUGCGAUCCCAUGUCUUAAAAAUAAGCCUAAAUACAAUAUUUCAUGGCCUGAACACCGUUUUGGAUAUUUAGGACUGGUUUUCUUCAAAGUGUCACUUCUAAUGACAAUAUUUUUUCCUCAUUCGAGUUUUCAAUGAACUGGACUUCAUGAUAGAUGAUCCGAAGAGAACAUAGUUGAGAGUUGUUUUAAAAUUAAUUCUUAAAGCGAUUCAAGGAUAAAGAAUCAACUCCGUCAAUUUCAACAAACCGUAAACAGUUUGUACAGACGGCCAUUUUAUCAACAAAAAAAGAAAACGAUUAUAACCUGAACUUGAACUUCAACUGAAAACUGAUUUUCUUGAAGAUUAAGACGUUUAGUGAGAUGACGAUAAAGAAAAACCCCGGAAUGCUUUUUGAGAAAAUUCAACAAACAUACAAAUAAAGGUUCCUUCCUAGUAACGAACCAAGAAGUGAAACGAUUGAAUGUUGAUAACCUUCAACUUCUUUUUUUAGUGAAAAUUAAUUUGAUACCUGUGCUUUCAAUCUUAUGAUUAAUUGAAUUAUGAUAUCAUUGAAGAGCUUUUAAGAUAAACUAGGAACUAUUCUCACUGCUGUUCCAGUUCCGUAUGUUUGUGUAACAUCGAUUCUGGCUCCUUCCUCAUCAUAGUAUUCAUUGUGGUAUUCCGAUCUCUUCUCAAAAUACAGUUUUGUUGUUUUACUUUAACCUGAAUUUUUCUGGUUAGUCUUUGCUGAAAAUCUUCUUGUUCAGUGUUUUCUGUGGCCAGCCUGGGGAAGAAACCUUGAAAGUCAAAGAAGACUGAAAAAAAGUAAGAAAGAGAGUCAGACAGAGACAGUGUACUUUUAAAAGAGAAAGGGAAAAAGUUAAACUGUUGCUAACUCGUCUACUCUGUAACACUCCCAAAUAAUAUCUUCAACUACACUCACACACAUCACAACCUCAUCAACUCAACUCAUCCACUCAACAACUUACCCUUACAAUAAACAAUCGACAUUCACAUACAUUCAUACCAACCAAAAUGUUUACUAACCUCAAGGAUUUUCAUUAUGGUUAUGUGGUGCUCUCAGGUGUACAAUGAUAUGUCAACGAGUGAAAACAUUAUUUUGACGGAUUUUUGAAUCAAAAUAACCUACAACAGCCACAACAUUAACAAACAACCAUAUAUUGUUUACCUUUAUUUAUUUAUACCAGUGAACCAGCUUAACAAGUUAUAUGUUUUUUUCUUUUUCUUCCUUUUACUGUUGAUAUAAUACUUAUUAUUUUCAUCAUUUUUACCUUUUUUGUUCAUAUGUUAUCUGUGAUAUACUCCUUCCAUCUAAACUAAAUGAUGCCUAAAAUGAACCUGAAACAGACAUUCAACAUAACAACAGCUAAAGAUUUUGAAAAUAUGUUGAAAGAUCCAACCAUAAUGUCUGGUUUUGGUAAUGCACAACACCAGCCUAAUCUUCUCUUACAUUUCCAAGAACAAUCGCAAUUACAGCAUAAAAAGAAUCAUCAACAACAGCAAAAACCAACUAAAUAUGAUAGAUUGAAUAAAAAUGGAGAUGAAGGUAUUGGAAAAAGAAAAACAUUAUUGGAUUUCUUCACCAAAGGCAGCCAACAAAAGCAACUCAGAGUAGAGCCCAAGAGGAGCAUAAACAAUAAUCACAACCAGGAUUUGAAAAGCAACGGAUCCAAUGAUUUCAAUCAAUUCAAUGGUGAUAAGAUUGUACCAAGUGUAAUUGACUUAAGUGAGGAAGAUGAAAGUACAACUAAAGUCAACGGCUUUUUCAAAACGCCAACCUUUGCGGUUCCCAAAAAUAUUAGUGCCAAUCAUAUUGUUAAGGAUAUCAAGCAACUCAAAGUUAAUUUAUCCGAAGAGAUAGAGAUUAUUGAUGAUGAUGAACCCAGCGCAACAUUUACAAAGUCAAAUCACCAAGGACAUCCUUCUUUUACAUUCUGUAGACCGAGUAAACCAAGGAAGGAGACUAAUAAAGACGAUGAAGAGGCUAAAAUUGAAAAACUCAAAGAAAAAAAUUUCAUUAAAAUAGAAGAUUUUUUGCAAAUUGUUAUUGAUACCAAAGGAGAUUCAUCAACAACUUGCUCUGAGACUAAAGAAAAUGACCCGCCUCAAGUUGAAUGGCACAAAGAUUAUAAAUUAAAACAUUUUCGUGAUAUGAUUGAUUCAGUUCUCAAAGAUGAUCAUUAUUCGCAUCUUUUUGAUGACCAUGACUGGGAGAUUUUGUAUAAGUUUACUAAUCUUAGCUAUGCUGCUCAAGCCCUUUACCUAAGACUUCUUGUCCGAAAACCAAAUUGGAUUCGACUUCAAACUAUGCGAUACCCAGAUAUUGAAAACAUUAAAUCAAAAUUAACUGAGCUAGUGCGAUCCAAAUUACUCCUUACAACUGAAUAUCUCAAUAAUCUCACAGAUGCUCUCAAUUGUUUGGAUUCUAGUGAAAUUAAGGUUUUUUCAAAGCAACUAAAAGGAAUAACUCUCAAAGCUAAUUCUUCUAAGGCAGCUCUGGUUGACGCGAUCAAAAAACAUGUCCGAUCCAGUAAAUCCAUCACAUCUCAUUUCAUAGGACCUAGUGGAUCCAACAGUAGCAUAAACAUUGAUGGUCCUGUUUUAAAUCAAAUAAGACAAAUACUUGGGAAUACCUGUUUCCGAGUUGAUCGACAAUCAGCCCGAGUUUUUCUUCGCAUAGCUCUCAUUCGUUUCCCGCCAACAAUUAGUGAUGAUGACGACGGAGUUAUGCUCAGCAAUGAAUUAUUUAAUUUAUGGAAGGUGGAUCAAGGCGAAUUGAAAUACGUGCCUUACCAAAUUAACAAGCAAACCAAAGUUUUUCCUCGGCGAAAUAAUUUAAUCCUUUUUGAAGAAGCUUGCAAUUUGGAAAGUGAUCUGAUGCAAGCAAUAGAAUCACGCAAUCAUCAAAUGGCUAUCGAACAUAUUUUGCCUAGAAUCCAAGCUGCUUUUGAUGGUCUCAUAGCUACUGAUAUUAUUUAUUCUGACAGUAAAUUUCCAGCCUAUCUUCGUCGUUUUACCUCUGGUCAUGUGUUAACUCGAGCUCUUACUACCUGUGUUACUGUCCUAGAACAAAGACGCUGUUAUAAUGAAGCUGUUAUUUUAUUGGAGAAACUUCUAGCUCAACGACUAUAUUGUCUCGAUUAUAGAGGUAAAUGGUUUGAAAGGUUAACCCUCAACUAUGAUAAACAUUUAAAACGAACCGCUGAAGCCAUCGAGGUGAUUCGAGUUGCUCUUUCAGACACCUAUGUUCGAGGAGGUCACCGAUAUUCAUUAUAUUUGCGAGCCAAAAAGUUAGGACUAGUAGCCAAUGGUAAAGUCAAUCCUCUCGAAGAAUUUCAAUUUAAAUUGAAACAAACAACAAUUAAAGCUCCUGCGUUGCAAAAGUGUAUUGAUGGGAGGAAAAAUGUUUUCAUAUCUUCUAAAGAUAAUGGAGAGGUUAACAUAAUCCCGGUUGAACAAGUCGUCAUUGAAUAUUAUCAUAAACAAGGUUAUACCCGGGGUAUUCACUGUGAAGGAGUUGUCUACAAUUCCCUUUUUUGUUUACUUUUCUGGAAAAUCAUCUACAAUGAUGAUCAAGUAUCAAGUGAUGCUUUUCAUUCACCUUAUCAGAGAGUUCCUUUGGACCUUAAUUUUAAUGAUUUUGGCUUUCGUCGGCAAAAAUUGAUUGAAGAAAAAUUACAAAAAAUCAAGCGUUCAUCAAAAGAAGAAUUGGUUGAAGAAAUAUCGACAACAUGGGAAAUGUAUAAAGACUCUGCAUCCCUAGUUAAUUGGGAAAAAUGUACAUUAAACUUGUUGAAGGAGAUCGUUUCAUGUAUGAAAGUAGAUACAUUGGCCGCUAUAUGUGAAAGAUUGGUUAAUGAUUAUCGUAGCCAUCGUAGUGGCUUUCCUGAUGUACUUCUAUGGAAUCCAAAUACCAAGAUAAUUAAAGCCGUUGAAGUCAAAGGACCUGGUGAUCAGGUUUCUCCAAAGCAAGCUUUAUGGAUUAACUAUCUUGAAACGAAUGGCCUUGAGGCCGAAAUUGUUUUCGUUAAAGUUGGACGAAACGAGUCUGACUAAAUAUCCUUCAACCUUUUCUUUUUCAUCAAUUUUUCAAAUCUCAUUUACAUUGCAAAAAUAUUUAUUAGUCUUUAAGUCAACCAUCAAAAUUUAAUUUAAUGGGUUGAUAAACAUAUUUUUGCAUCUGAAUCAUUUUUUUGUUAUCCUUUUUCUCUUCAACUUUAUCCUAUUCAUACCAAUCUUUAUAAAAAAAUUUCUUCAUUCAAGUUCAAAUGAAACGUUGCAAAAUUUGUUAAAAGUGGGUAAAGUUUAAUUCAUUAUCACCAAAUGUACAACCAUGAUCUUCCACCUUUUUUUGUUCUAUCUUUCUUCGUAUUUUUUGUCAACUUUAAUCAUUUUAUAAAAAAGCUCCUCUAACAAAAUUGUAUAAACAGUCAAUUCGCAUUUUUCAAAUUCAUUUAUCAAAUAAAAGUCAUUAUGAUUUA